AGCCUCUGUCAGGUGCGUGUUCAGGUGCUGAGACGUGUCUUUCAACUUUAUUCAGCGUCAAUUAUGCAUGCAAAUAAGAUGCUUUAAGGAAAUCACGUUGGACAGGUUGAGCUUGUCAGGAUUGACUUUGCAACCACACAGAUGCUUUGUUUUACCAAGGAACUACACGCGGAAGUUUAAAACUCCUUUAACCCAUAAGAUUAAUGCUCUUUAUCAAAGUCAUCAGACUUUAUUGCCUGGCUUAGUUUUGUCCCAUUCAAAGAAAUAAACAUGAACCAUCAUAAGUUGAUGAGGUUUAUCGUCGGCUGCUUGGUGAUUGUCGCCAUGGUGAAAUUCUUCUUUAGAACCAGCUCAAGCAGUGGCACUCGGGAGAAGAGCCAAAAAAUCAUACAAGGUGGUGGUUUCUGGGCUCAACACCAUUUCCCGCCACUGAAUUCUGUGGAUAAUCAGAUUGAUCCACUAAAAAAAGAACCAUCCGAGCAAGUAAACACAGUCAACUUAAAAGUUCAGUUGGAGAAACCAGUGGACGUCCUGUCAAUCCAAGAAGAAGCACCUGAUAAUUCAGUGGCAGCUCCAUUUAAGAUUGUGCAUUUAGAUUUGAAAGGUGCCCCACCCAAAGUCAAAUAUCUUGAACAGAUCUUCCCUUUGUUUUCAUCUCUGGGCGCUAAUGGGAUAUUACUGGAAUAUGAGGAUAUGUUUCCCUAUGAGGGUGAACUUGAAAUACUCAAAUCAAGCUUUGCGUACAGUCCGGAAGAAAUAGAGGAAAUUAAGUCUCUGGCCAAACGGCACCAGCUUGAGCUGAUUCCUCUGGUGCAGGUGUUCGGACACUUGGAGUUUGUCUUAAAACACGAGAAGUAUUUCAGCUUGAGAGAAGUGGCGGAGUAUCCCAAUAGCCUAAACUCUCUGGCCCCAGGAAGCCUGGAUCUUGUGAAAGAAAUGUUAACACAGGUUAUGAGGAAGCACCCAGAAGCAAAAUGGUUCCACAUCGGUGCUGAUGAGGUACGUGGCCUGGGUGAAAGCGAAGAUUCAAAACGCUGGUUGGAAGCCAACGGUGGAGACAUGGGAAAGCUGUUUCUGAAUCAUGUGACGGCAGUAGGGCGUUUCAUGAAAGAAACGAGGCCAGAAAUCAGGCUAAUCUUGUGGGAUGACAUGUUUAGGAAACUUAACUCCAACUCUAUACAAGAAUCAGGUUUGCAAAAUCUUGCGUCCCCCAUGAUUUGGAACUACCUUCCCAACAUGGACGUGGGUGAGAUAGGUAGCCUGAUCUCCAGGUAUGAGCAGGCUGGAUUUCAAGGUGUGUGGUUUGCUAGCGCUUUUAAAGGUGCCUCUGGAAUUGACCAGAGAUGGACUCCAAUAGAUCACCACUUAAAAAACCAUCUGCAGUGGCAUGAAGUCAUUGCUUCAAUGCCGCAGUACAAGUCUAUUAGCUUCCAUGGUAUUACAGUGACUGGCUGGCAGAGGUAUGAGCAUCACACUGUGUUGUGUGAGCUGCUCCCAGUGGCCAUCCCAUCUUUGGCUGUUUGUCUUCAGACACUGAAAUAUGGUUCAUUUAAUGACCAGGCACAGAAUGAGAUACAGCGCAUCCUAGGCUGCGAAAUUCAACUUGACAUAAACGAUUGUAAAGGUGCAUCCUUUCCAGGCUCAGACAUUUAUGACAUGGUGAACAAGAUCAACAACAACCUCGAGAUUUCCAUUGAAAAGGUCAUGAAAAGCUACCACAUCAGGGGAUCAUUCAGUUCUUAUAAUCGCAAACGCAACUUUGCAAACCCUCGAAAUCUUGGAUUUUUCGAAGAUUCACUGAAAAAAUUGCUGGAUGAAUGGGAUUCCUUUUUGCUGACUUUCAGGCGAAGCAUGGAAGCUAUUUUCUACCCAGACACUUUAGAGGAGUGGUUGGAAGAGAAUGUCAAUGAGCACAUAGAAAGACUUCAUAAAAUGGUGAUUGAUGUUGAACGAAUCAUUAAACUCAAUGGACAGCCAAAAAUGGAUUCCUUGAAAAUGAGAUGAAACAAGGGAAUAGGUCAGGAAGGGUAUUCCAAAUUCCAAGAGUGGAUUGCUGCACUGGAUUUUUUUUCUCAACUCAGGGAUGUUCUAUUUUUCUUGAAGCCAUUGUUGGAAAAGAUGCAUACAUUAUUUAAAUUUGUCUUAUUCUAUAAACGCAGAUGUUCCCUAAUUACAAUAAUGUAUCUACUCCUUUAAGAAGUGGUCUUAACACACUACUCAUUGUUAGACAUGUUUCAUCUUUAUUCCAGUUUAAUUAUUUUUAAGAAUACUGUAAAUUAUUAUCCUUACUGGUACGUGAGUACAGUAACAUUGGUACAUACAGCCUUUCUGUUGUUAAUAUAUAAGGAUGGAAUGCUAUGAAGCUUCAUCUUUUAAAUUCACACCAAGUAUUUUAUACAUUUUUGUACUUUCAGGAAUAUACAAAUACUUACUUUUGUAGCUCUAAGAGCAAUCACUGAUGUCAUACAGACAACUGAGAGCCUCAGUUAAAGUUACAACACUUUUAUAGUACUGUUUCUACAUUAUCUACAGAUGUUCCAUUAACUGCAGAAGCAUUUACUACAGAACACUUUAAAACUGAAACCUGGUGGCAUUACUCUUAGUCUUGGGAGCUUAAAUUAGAUUUUCUUUAUUUCAACAUAUAGAAACUCAACAUUGUAUGCUGGAUAUGUUUUCUUUCUGUAUUUGUUUUUUGGGGUAU